AUGGCUACCGUCAACAUUCGCCGCGAUGUCACCGACCCCUUCUACCGCUACAAGAUGGAACGUAUCCAGUCCAAGAUUGAGGGCAAGGGCAACGGCAUCAAGACUGUCAUUGUCAACCUGAGCAGCGUCGCUGGCUCACUCGCCCGCCCCCCUGCUCACGUCAUCAAGUACUUUGGUUUCGAACUUGGGGCCCAGACAAACACCAGCCCCAACGACGACCGAUGGAUCAUCAACGGCGCCCAUGACGCCAGCAAGCUGCAGGACUACCUCGACGGCUUCAUCUCCAAGUUCGUCCUCUGCAAGAAAUGCAAGAACCCCGAAACCGACGUCCACAUCAAGGAUGGCAACAUCACGCUCGACUGCAAGGCGUGCGGAAAGAUUUCCGAAGUUGACCCUCGUCUCAAGCUCAGCUCCUUCAUUCUCAAGAAUGAGCCCAAGAAGGGCAAAAAGGACAAGUCUAGCAAGAAGGCCGAGCGCCGUGCCCGCAAGGAGGCUGAGGCUCGUGGCGAGGCCGGCUCGCCCGACAACGGCAGCCCUGGUGACAGCGCAGAGGAGAAUGGUGACGACGGCGACCUUGCCCUCGAGGCUGGCAGUGACGACGAGCUCACUCGCCAGAUCAACGAGGGCGCCAAGGAGAUUGAGGAAGAGGAUGCCAAGGAGGUCGAGUGGUCCAUUGACACGUCUGAGGCGGCCAUCAGGGCCCGUGCCCAGGAUCUUCCCGACGACCUCAAGCGCGCUCUCGUCAUUGAGGAGGACGAAGAGGGUGGAUCCAACUACGACACUUUUGGCAAGUGGAUCAUCGACACGGGCGCAGAGAAGGGCGGCGUAGAGAACCUCGACAACGUCGACAUCUACAUCAAGGCCAAGGAGCUCGGCAUCGAGACCAAGCACCGCACCCUUACCGUCAUCCCCCAGACUCUGUUCACAGAGAAGAUUGUCAAGCAGAUUGACGCACGCGCUCCGAUGCUCAAGAAGAUGAUCACGUCGGACAAGCACGAGAAGGCUUUCCUUGGCGGUAUCGAGCGCUUUGUGGGCAUUGACAAGCCUGAGCUCAUCCCUCAGGUAUCUGCCAUCCUGCUCAAGGUGUACGAGAAUGACCUCGUGUCUGAGGAGCAGCUCCAGACGUGGUGCUCCAAGGCCAGCAAGAGGUAUGUUGACCUCAAGGUCAGCAAGACUGUUCGCAAGUCGGCCGAGCAGUUCAAGAACUGGCUUGAGCAGGAAGAGAGUGAGGAGGAGGACUCUGACUAG